CCAUGUAUCUAUGAUACAGAAGGUACCAGAUAUGACAGCAGCAGAACUAUCUAUGGAGUUUGGAUGAAAGGUGCUCACAAUUUUGGCGAUGAUCCAAAGAUCGUUAUUUUCAACAGCAGUGGACAGAUACUUCUUCAGGAUUGAGAACGAUCCGUUCAAAGCAACAGCUUGGGAUGAUCCUCUCAAUAUUAUAGUUAAAGAUUCUCCUUGGAGUCCCAGCAUUAAUAUCCCUGUUGGUGAUCUGAAGGAGCAUCAGUCUGUCACUAUAAGCUGCUCAGCUGUGACUCCCUGUCCACACUCACCUCCUGAACUCACCUGGAAUCUCCAACAAGACUCUGAGAGACAAACAGAGAAAAACCCAGAUGGAACCUUUACAACUAAAAUCCAGGAGACCAUCACUCUGUCAGACACACAUGAUGGAUACAACAUCAGCUGUUCUGCCAGAUAUCCUGUGAAUGGAGGAAGCAAGACAGCAGAGACAGAAGUGACUCUCAGUGUUUCAUAUGCUCCUAAAGACACCUCAGCAUCCAUCAGUCCAUCAGGUUUGGUGUCAGCAGGUAGCUGGGUGGAGCUGAGCUGCUCCAGCAGAGCCAAGCCUCCUGCCAGCUUCACCUGGUUCAGGAACAGCAAACAUGGAGCCAUUAAUGUAUCUGUGGGGCAGGUUUACAGCUUCAAUGUUACUGAAGGAGGAGAGUAUUACUGUGAGGCCACCAAUGAUCUGGGGACUCAGAGAUCAUCAGUGGUUCUACUGAACAGUGAAGCUAAAGGAACUCCUCUCUUGGUCACAGUCAUAGUUGGAGUCAUUUUGUUCAUCAUUCUGGUUCUUUGUCUCUGGUGCCUUAAGACCAAAUGUCCAACUCCAGAUCAGACCCAGAGUCAAACAUAUCAGGAGGUUUCUGAUCAUAUUGCAGCCAAUGAAACAGAGGAAGAACUUCAUUAUGAGGACAUAACUGUCCUCCAGAAACGACCUGAAGCUUCCUCUGUCUCAGUGCAGGACGGUGGACAGCAGGAGACAGAGUACGCUCAGGUUCAAGUGUCUACUGACCAUCCAGAGGAUCUCUAUGCACAAGUAAAGAAGCAAUAACUUCAUUCACUGAUGUGUUCUGAAAUGAGAGAAUGUAGUUUUUGAACUAAAAAGGAAGGAGAAAGAGGAAGAAAGUGACCCUGUUUUUCAGAAAGGUUUGUUACCUGAAGAGUUCAAAU